GGCAGCAUGGACAUCCGCAAUGACGUCUCCCAGCUCCAGAAGCUGGAGAACUGCUCCAUCAUCGAGGGCAACCUGCAGAUCCUGCUGAUGUUCACCACGGGCGCCGAGGACUUUCGGGGGCUCAGCUUCCCCCGCCUGCUCAUGAUCACCGAGUACCUGCUCCUUUUCCGUGUCUACGGGCUGGAGAGCCUGCGGGAUCUCUUCCCCAACCUCUCCGUCAUCCGCGGCACCAACCUCUUCUUCAGCUACGCCUUGGUCAUCUUCGAGAUGCCGCAUCUGCGGGACGUGGGGCUGCACAGCCUGGGCCAUGUCCUGCGCGGCUCCAUCCGCAUUGAACGCAACCAGGAGCUUUGCCACCUCUCCACCAUCGACUGGGGACUCCUGCUGCCCGACGCCGUGGACAACACCUACAUCGUCGGCAAUAAGUUGGCCGAAGAGUGCGCCGACGUCUGCCCGGGCAUCCUAGACGUGGAGAAGCCGUGUGCUCAGACCAGCGUCAACGGGCAGCUGGAUUAUCGCUGCUGGACAUCCAGCUUCUGCCAGAAAGCCUUCCACUUCACCGGCCACUGCUGGCCCUCCUGCCCGCCCCGCACCUACGAGUACGAGGGCUGGCGCUGCGUCACCGCCGAGUACUGCGCCAGCCUCCGCAAGGUCUCCGACAACCCCCGCGAUGCCUCCAAAUUCGUCAUCCACCAGCAGCAGUGCCUCUCUGAGUGUCCCUCCGGCUACACCAGGAAUGAAAGCAGCAUCUUCUGCCACAAGUGCGAGGGGCUGUGCCCCAAGGAGUGCAAGGUGGGCACCAAGACCAUCGAUUCGACGCGGGCGGCGCAGGAGCUGGGGGGCUGCACCCUUGUGGAGGGCAAUCUCAUCGUGAACAUCCGCCGGGGCUAUAACCUGGCCUCGGAGCUGCAGAGCAGCCUGGGGCUCAUCGAGACCAUCACGGGCUUCCUGAAGAUCAAGCACUCCUUCGCCCUCGUCUCCUUGUCCUUCUUCAAGAACCUCAAGCUCAUCCGCGGAGACUCCAUGGUGGAUGGGAAUUACACCCUGUACGUGCUGGACAACCAGAACUUGCAGCAGCUCUGGGACUGGAGCCACCACGUCCUCUCCAUCCCCGUGGGCAAGAUGUACUUCGCCUUCAACCCCAAGCUGUGCCUGGCCGAGAUCUACCGCAUGGAGGAGGUGACGGGCACCAAGGGACGGCAGAACAAGGCGGAGAUCAACCCCCGCACCAACGGGGACCGGGCAUCCUGCAAGACCCAGACCCUGCGCUUCAUCUCCAAUGUCACCGAGUCCGACCGCAUCUUCCUCAAAUGGGAGCGGUACCGGCCCCCCGAGUACCGGGACCUCCUCAGCUUCAUCGUCUACUACAAGGAGUCACCCUUCCAGAACGUGUCGGAGUACGUGGGGCAGGACGCCUGCGGGGCGCAGAGCUGGAACGUGCUGGAUGUGGAGCUGCCCCCCAGCAGCGAGCAGGCGCCGGGGGUGGCCCUGCUCAACCUCCGCCCUUGGACCCAAUACGCCAUCUUCGUCCGCGCCAUCACCCUCACGACCGCCGAGGAAGGACGCAAUUACGGGGCGCAGAGCGAGGUGGUCUACAUCCGCACCAUGCCGGCGGCCCCGACGGUGCCCCGGGAUGUCAUCUCCAUGUCCAACUCCUCUUCCCACAUCGUGGUGCGUUGGAAGCCGCCCACGCAGCGCAAUGGGAACAUCACCUACUACCUGGUGCUGUGGCAGCAGUUGGCCGAGGACAUGGAGCUCUAUGUCAAUGACUACUGCCACAAAGGUGAGGGCAGGCAGCGCAGGCAGGGCAGGCAGGGCAGGCAGGAGGCCGGGGAGCGGUGCUGCCCCUGCCGCCCCGCUGACGGGCAGCUCCGCAUGGAGGGCGAAGCUGAGUCCUUCCAGAAGAAGUUUGAGAACUUCCUCCACAACUCCAUCAUCAUCCCCAGGCCACCCUGGAAGGUGACGUCCAUCAACAAGAACCCGCAGAGGACCCCGAAGCGACGCAGGGACUUGGUGGCCGUCACAUCCCCGGCCAACGCCUCCUCGGGGAUGCAAGCUGACAACAUUCCCGGCAACGUCACGUGGGAGCCGGCCGGCAAGAACAGCGUCCUGCUGCGCUGGGAAGAGCCCAGGAACCCCAACGGGCUCAUCCUCAACGACAUCCACGCCUGCAACCACGCCGCGCACACCGUGGGCUGCAGCGCCGCCACCUUCGUCUUCGCCAGGACCAUGCCCGAGCUGCAAGCUGACAACAUUCCCGGCAACGUCACGUGGGAGCCGGCCGGCAAGAACAGCGUCCUGCUGCGCUGGGAAGAGCCCAGGAACCCCAACGGGCUCAUCCUCAAGUAUGAGAUCAAGUACAGCCGCGAGAGCGAGGUGAGGACCCCCCCGCAGCACCCCCUGCCUGGCCCUGCCAGGUCUGGCUACAGGGGCACAGCACUCACCCCAUCCCCAUCCAUCCCCAUCCCCAUCCCAUCCCCAUCCCCAUCCCUGUCCCAAUCCCCAUACAUCCUGCUCACCGUCACACCUGUGGUCCUCAUGGUGCUCAUCUCCUGCCUCGCCGUCUUCGUCUUCUUCUACAACAAGAAGAGGAGCAAUGACGGGUACCCCAGCGGGACGCUGUACGCCUCCGUCAACCCUGAGUACUUCAGUGCCUCGGACAUGUACAUCCCCGAUGAGUGGGAGGUGUCGCGGGAGAAGAUCACGGUGAUCCGGGAGCUGGGGCAGGGCUCCUUUGGGAUGGUGUACGAGGGGCUGGCACUGGGGCUGGCCACCGAGGGCGAGGAGACCAAGGUGGCCCUGAAGACCGUCAACGAGUUGGCCACCAUGCGGGAACGCAUUGAGUUCCUCAACGAGGCCUCUGUCAUGAAAGCCUUCAAGUGCCACCACGUGGUCCGUCUGCUUGGUGUCGUCUCCCAGGGCCAGCCAGCCUUGGUCAUCAUGGAGCUGAUGACGCGCGGGGACCUGAAGAGCUACCUGCGCUCGCUCAGGCCUGACGCUGAGAACAACCCCGGGUUGCCGCCGCCCUCGCUCAAGGACAUGAUCCAGAUGGCGGGGGAGAUCGCUGACGGCAUGGCGUACCUCAACGCCAACAAGUUCGUGCACCGGGACCUGGCUGCCCGCAACUGCAUGGUGUCCGAGGACUUCACCGUCAAGAUCGGAGAUUUCGGCAUGACCCGGGAUAUCUACGAGACGGAUUAUUAUCGGAAAGGGGGCAAGGGGCUGCUCCCCGUCCGCUGGAUGUCCCCCGAGGCCCUCAAGGACGGCAUCUUCAACGCGCAGUCUGACGUCUGGUCCUUCGGUGUGGUGCUGUGGGAGAUCACCACGCUGGCUGAGCAGCCCUACCAGGGCAUGUCC